UUUUGUCCGAAAUAUUCCUCCAUACUCCACAGUGGCCGCAGCCAGACCUCUCUCGUUGCCUGCCCGAUCUGCGUGCGCGUGCGUAUUGAAAGGCUACGUCAUCACACACUUUACGGUGCAGCCCAAUCUGUUUAAGGCAUGCGUGAAUGCUUGAAGGCGGUCUCGCGGUCUCCGCCGACUGUGGAGGUCACGUGUUUCCGCUUACUGUGGAGCUCCACAGUGGCUGCAGCCAUGUGCUCUUGUUUGUUUCCCUUCGCUUGAUCCCUCUUGGCGGAUAUCCGAGACGCAGUUCAGCUCUUUUAGAGACGAGAGGGAGCAGAACAAGAGGAAAGAAACAAAGAAAUAGCGGGCGAGUGUCGGUAAAAGGAGUCUACUUGCCAAUUCUCAUGGCCAUACAGUGUGGUGUAUAAUGUCCUCCAGGCCAGGGCUGACCAAGUGAGAAUUGAAUAUGACGAGAGAAGAGCAGAGGAGUUUUACGCAGAGCAUGGCGUCUGACUCGUUUGAAGGACUGGAGCAUAUUAAACAAGAGGACUGUGGAUGGGGUUCACAAGUGGAUUUGUGUGUGAAAGUGGAAGACUGCGAAGGAAGAAUUUCAGCUUUUAAAGAAGAGGAGUCCAAGGGGGUGACUGUGGACUUUAAAACUGGGCUUUCUGAAGGUUUCUCAGUUAGCCUUGAACCACAAGACCACAAAAUUAGGAACAGUUUCAAGCAAGAUAUUUGUGAAGAAUCUCAUUCCAGUUUACAGUCAACUGAUAUGGGACAAGUGGCUACACAGCAGAAUUCUGUGGAAGUGAAGUCAGAGUUAUCGGAAUUUGAAGAGAAAGUAAUGGAUGGAAAUGGGAGCGAAGGUGAAGAACAGCAGUCAUCUGGGAGCGUUGGAAUAGGUUUAAAUAGAAAUGGCAGCUUCUCCCCACCUUCCUUUGUUCAGACCUCUCCUCAUUGCAGACUGCAACACAGACAGGACAAGGAGAAGAUGAAGAAAUCAACAAGAGGAUCAGAUCAUUUGCUGUGCACUUCUCUUCCUGUUGUGAGGCUAAGAAGGAUAAAGGCCAUCAACACUGUAAAACAAGAUGUACAUGAUACAGAUCAGGGGGCCCUUUCUUCAGUAAAACAGUUCAGAAGUCAAUCUGACAGAAAAGAGAAGACAAAUCAAAUGAGACUGAAUCAAUAUCCCUGUUCUGAAUGUGGGAAAACAUUCCGUUUUAUUUGCCAUCUCCAAAGACAUGCAAGAAUACACACUGGAGAAAGACCAUAUGGCUGCUCUGAAUGUGGCAAAAGAUUCACCACCAAUUCUACACUUCAGAAGCACAGAAGAAUUCAUACUGGAGAAAAGCCAUAUAGCUGUUCUGAAUGUGAUAAAAGAUUUGCUUUUAAAAGCAUACUUCAGAACCACAUGAGAACACACACAGGAGAGAAACCAUAUUGGUGUUCUGAAUGUGGCAAACAAUUCUCUGAGCGUAGCUCUCUUAAGAGGCACACAAGAAUUCAUACCGGAGAGAAGCCAUAUUGCUGUCUUGAAUGUGGCAAAAGAUUUUCCCAUAAGUGCAAUCUCGUAACACAUUCAAGAAUACAUACUAGAGAAAACCCCUAUGGAUGUUCUGAAUGUGGGAAAAGGUUCACUGAUAGUAGUGGUCUUCAAGUGCACACAAGAACUCAUACCAAAGAGAAGCCGUAUGUCUGUUCUGAGUGUGACAAAAGAUUCACCUCUAAAGAAAUACUUCAGACCCACCUCAGAACCCACACAGGAGAGAAGCCAUAUCACUGUUCUGGAUGUGACAAACGAUUCUCUGAUCGUAGCUCUCUUAAGAAGCACUUAAGAAUUCAUACUGGAGAGAAGCCAUAUUACUGUUCAAAAUGUAGCACAAGAUUCACCUCUAAAUACAAACUUAAGAUCCACCUGUGGACUCACACAGGAGAGAAGCCAUAUUGCUGUACUGAAUGUGGUAAACAAUUAUCUGCUUGUAGCUCUCUUAAGAGGCACAAAAGAACUCAUACUGGAGAAAAGCCAUAUUGUUGUUCUGAAUGUGGUAAACGAUUUACUUUCAGUAGCAGUCUUUGGCAUCACGCAAAAAUUCAUACUGAAAGAAAGACAUCUUGUUGUUCUGAGUGUGGUAAACAAUUCUCUUAUGGUAACUGUCUUAAGAGGCACAAAAGAAUUCAUACUGGUGCGAAGAAAAAAAAUACAACUUGCCAGUUCCACAAAUGCAUUGGGACCAAGCUGCAGACCUAAAACCCAAAAAUGAGGAGGUGUUAGUCACUUGGGACAGACUAAUGUCAGUGGACAGAAAAGUAAAAUACCAUGAAACCAGACACAGUCGUCAAAGACAGUUUGACAGAGCUUGGAUGAUUGAUGUUUCACUGCAACGUGAAUACUCAAUACUCGGUAUGAAUGACAAAAAACAGCCAAAUAUAAAGAAACAUGAGCUGAGCUAAAUAUGGAAUAAAAAUCAGAGAUUGUGCCAGUGGUGCUGGGAUCAGCCUUAUCAAAAACAACUUCCAGGUCUCUCUGGAUGCCCUACCAAUUACCUUCACUCCAUAUACAUUUCAGAAGGAAGCACUAUUAGGGACAAUGUGAGUACUACAUUGAGCCCUGGCAGCAAACCUAAGAGAUAAAACAGUAGCAGUGGAAAAAUCAAUCUGUUGCACAGUAGAACACACUCAUGGAAGACCCCCUGAUAAAAAACUUGACAGUAUUGUGUCAUUCUAAAUCUAUUAGGAUUAUUGCCAUCCAUCCAUUUGCUGUUGAUGAAGCCAGACAGAUGUUCAUCAUGAUGGUGUGACAGGAACGCAUUAUGGGACAUUAAAAUAUCAGCACUAAUAACCUGAUUAAAACUACACGCAUACGUGUGACGUUGGCUUGCUUGACAUCAUUAACUGCACGUUCCGCUUUGGCCUAAUCUGUCACUGCCAAGAUACAGUCGAUAAACGAGCAACACCUUUGGGACAUGAGGUUAAACGGUAAACAUUCCAACCUUCUUUGGUGUAUAAAGGUCAGAUCAGAUUUGGGGGCAUGCACUGAUACAGUGUGUUGUUGCGCCAACCACACAAUGCAACAGCCCAGGAUCCCAGUUGGCAGCCACCCAUGCAGACACGCGGUCUAGUCCCACCCUCCAGAAAUGACCAUCUAUAUCUGUCACAGCCCGGUGUUGCAUGGACGUCCCCCUGGCCUGGUCCAGCCACUCGGGUCCUCAACAAUGAUGAUCCUGUUAGCCGGCUCACCCGCAGGGAAUAACUCCACAUGGCUGUAGUGCCGUAGCUGACGCUCCCUCACUCUGCAGGUAAUGUGCCUCAUUUGGGACUUCGUGAGC